CGCCUCUCUCAUCUUCAUCACUCGCAUUACGAACUUCUGAACACAAAUACAUAUUUCGCCAAUGGCAUCAGUGUUUCAACUCACCGUCCUCCUCCUCUCCUUCUCACUCCUCAUCUCGUCCUCAGUCUCUGACGACGAAAAAGAAACCCACCUCCACUUCUACUUCCACGACAUCGUCGUGGGAGUUCCCCCUACAGCGAUGCGCAUCGCGAAGGCCACGACGACCGACGUGUCGCUCACUGGAUUCGGCGCCCUCGUCAUGAUGGAUGACCCGCUGACUGAGGAGCCUGACCGCAACUCAAAGCUCAUAGGGAAGGCGCAGGGGAUGUACGGUCUUGCUUCCCAGGACGAAGCCGGGCUGUUGAUGGCGAUGAACCUCGUGUUCGUUGAUGGGGAGUUCAACGGGAGCACACUGUCGGUUCUCGGACGGAACGCAGUGUUUAACGAUGUGAGGGAGAUGCCGGUGAUCGGAGGGAGUGGGAAGUUUAGGUUUGCUAGGGGGUAUGCGUUGGCCAAGACGCACGAGUUCAGUCUUCUUACGGGGAAUGCUGUUGUUGAGUAUAAUGUGCAUAUUAGGCACGAGUGAUAAUUUAAGGUGGUUGUUGGUCCCUUAUUGUCAUUGGGGCAGGUAUUGUACGGAUGUAGCUGCUUUGAUUGUACGUGUUUGGAGCUUUGGAUAAGUAUAUUACUUUCUUGUUGCCUCAAUUUUCCUAGUUUUCAUAAAAAGUUGAGAGUAUGACCUGGCCGUGGCCUCCGAUCCAUGCGCUGGGGCAAAUAAGGUAUUCUAGAUCUUAAUUGUAGAGAAUCACUGAAGAGAACUGACCUCGACGGCGACGGCGGCGGACCUCGACGCGACGUCUCUUGCCUGCUUUGCCUCGGACCUCGCCUGCGGUUUUGGAGAGGCGACGAAGCUUCACCUGUAGUGGUGGAGUUUGAGGAGAUCUCGCCUGCAGGGCUUUGGAGGAAAGCUCGCUUGCGGGCUUUGGACAGGCGAUGAGGAAAGCUCGCCUGCGGAGAUAAUGUCGCCUGUAGAGCCUUGAUCUCGCCUGCGUGGGUAGGAUCCAGCUGGAUCGUACAAACUGCCCUAGGGUUUUCCUAUAAAAGGGAAUCCCUGUUCACGAGAUGAAAGGAGCUCAACUCGAGAUUUUUAAAAGAGGAGAAUUUCUUCUCUGUGGCGGCGACACUUCUCAAGAGUUUAAGAAGUGAAUUUUUCGGUGAAGAAAAAUUGCACAAUUCAUGUAGCAAAUAUUUGCUCCAGUGAAGAGUUGUUGAUGUGAGAGAUCUCAAGUUUGAGAUUCUCUCUUUUAUUAAGCUUCGUAAUUUCUUAUGGUUAUAAGAAAUUAUUUGUGUGGCUCCCGUGGACGUAGGAAAUUUUACCGA